AGGGAGGAAAAAGUUUGUCGUUUGAUCAGAUUAUAACGGUCCGAGCUUCUCCUCACUCCGUGCUCACUCUGCAGCUGCGUUUUUGUCCUUUUUUAAAUCCUUCCAAGAUGAACAGAGUUAUCCUCCAGCUGGUCGCAGUCGGAAUCUGCUUUGCAAUCGGUCAAGCUCUGGAGUGCUACAAAUGCAAGAUUGGCAUUGGGGAGCUGUGCAUAACGUCUAAAACCACAUGUCCCAGUGGGGAACACUGCUUCAGUGGUGAAGGAAAAGCAGCCGGCUUCGUGGACAUCAAGAUGAAGGGCUGUCUAGCAGAGGCCAAAUGCAACAAGACUGAAGAGGUGAACUUCUCCAUCAGCGGGAACACCACCGUCUACUCCAUGACCAAGACCUGCUGCAACACUGACCUGUGCAACACCGCCCCCGGCCUCCCCGGGACCCCCGGCCUGAUCUUGGCCGUCUCCGCCGUCUCUGCUCUGCUGGUGGCCAACUUUUACUAGAAACAACAGAUGACAAAUGACCCAAAGUGUACACAUAAAACACACACACCCUACUUAUUGUACACACACAAGUGCUGCACAGAUUAAAUUAAAUACUCUCCUCAGACACGAGCUGUGCAUUUUUAGAACCUCACAGCUUCAUUUUGUUCUUUUUUUUUUUGUAAAACUUUGAUUGCGUGUUUACUGUCCUUGAGGUGUAUUGUAUUUUUUUUUGGUUUCACACGUGUUUGUAUCGCUUAAAACUCGGUUCCCUCUUGUGUUUCUUUAAUUUUUUUUGUACGUACCAGCCCUCGUUUGGCUGUACCGCUGACAGAUGAAUUAACAAUGAGUGUCGAACAUUCAGAUGAUGUCAGCGCAGCUCUGUGGGCGUCAGGAGCUAAAUCACAUGUUCCAGGUCAGUGAAGGUCAUCGCACUAUGAAGGAAUAGUUUGACACUUCGGACGACGUUGAUAACCCUUUGAUGCUCAGUGUGGGUCAGGAGAGUCCCAUUUUCCACUGGAUUUGGAUCAUUUUUGCCCCAUGUUGCACAUCAAUGUUGUUAAGAAUUAGAUUGGAAGAUUCUUACUCCCUACAGUUUUGUAUAUUUGAUAGAAAGUUGCAGACAGUUAGCUUAGCUUAGCAUAAAGACUGGAAACAAGGGGAUAUAGUUAGGGGUGGACCUGAAUAUCCGAACAUUCGGCCGUUAUGGUAGUUUCCGAAUAUUUAUUUUGAGAUCCGAAUAUUUGUAUCCCCCACCACCACCACCUCCGUCGGACAAUGUCGCGCCAUCAGGAUUGGACUCGUCCCUUCGUCUCCUUCCCUUCCCCCACGACGGACGUUCCGAUCCGAAUAUUUGGAUAUUCGUCAUUAAUUGGGGCCGAAUAUCCGGAGCCCAGAAAUUGCUAUUUUGGCCGACCCUAGAUAUAGUUAGCCUAGCUUGAAAUGUCUAUCUAUAACGCAAGAACAGUAAGUUCUUAAGCUUACUGUUGGAGCUUUAAGGUUUUUGUUUUCAUGCUAAGCUAAGCUAACCACGUCUUGGCUCAAAGAUUGUCAAACUAUUCUUUUCGUUAUGCCUUUGACCCACUGUUAUAUCAUGUUUUGGCUCUUUUCCACUAGCACCUACUCGACUCUACUGGGUUUGUGAGGUUUUCCAUUAGGACGUAGUACCUGGUACCAGAUACUAUUUUAGUUCCUACUCGGGCGAGGUUCCAGCCAGCUGAGUGGAGCCGAUAAUGUGACGUCUACAGAGUGCAGGCCACUGAUUGGACAGGGAGUGACAACACUACACAGCAUACAUAUUUUAACCCUUGUGUCGACCUGCGGGUCAAUUUGACCCAUUUUAAAGUUUGAAAAUUUGGAAAAUAUACAUAUUUUCACAGUGAAAACUUCCACAUUUUCAACAUUUUUGGGAAAUUUUUGAAAUUUUUUUGUACAAAAAAAAAGAAAUGUUAAAAAAAUGUGUCUUUAAGAACAUUCAGAAAAAAAUCAACCAAAAUCCUGCAAAAUUCGCUGGAUUUUGGUUGAUUUUUUUCUGAAUGUUCUUGAAGGAAAUAUGAGAACUUUAACGGAUAUAUAUGUAAUCACUUUAGGUAUUUUUAGCAUUUUUUUUUUUUUAGAAGAUUUUUAUUCAUUUUUUGAAAAUUAUUUACAAUUUUUAAAUUUUGUAAAAUUUUUGUUUCUUGCCACAUUUUUUU